AAUAGUGACACUCCCUGUCCCAACUUGAACCUUUCUGCCUCCCAAAUGGGCAAGUCUUACUUAAUGGGAUGUCUCAUCUUACUCUGCCGUUUGAGGGUUUUCUCUGCGUCAUUUGCACAUGAGGUUGACACAUCUGAUAAAGUACUCGUUGGUGAAAAUAACGUCGUGGAGAUUGUGCAGUGUAGAAUGUGCCACCUCCAGUUCCCCGGGGAAAAGUGCUCUAGAGGAAGAGGAAUAUGUACGGCCACAGCAGAAGAGGCCUGCAUGUUUGGAAAGAUCUUCAAAAGGGACGGUACCCUCUGGUUAAACUUCAUGGGCUGCUUAAAGAACUGUGCUAAUGUGAAUAAAAUAAGGUGGGGCCGCUAUCUGGUGGACUUCAGGUGCUGCCGAGGCUAUGACAUGUGCAAUGAGAGGUUUUAGAAGUUUCUGGGCUUCUGUGCUCCAACAUCUGGAUGAUGGGAUGGCUUCUCCACAAGGACAUCCUGAGGACCACACUACAUAGAAGGACUUCAGACAUAUGACUCUGCCUUCUAUGUGUAAGAGGAAAAGCACCCUUUUUCUAAAGCCCCUUCCUGUUCCAAAAUCAAUAAAAAGUGAACAAAUAAAACCUUCUUAUCAACAUCA